AUGGGACGAAAGAGAAGUGGUAUCAAGACCAAGGAACGUAACAGACUAAAAGAGUUCGCUAAAUUAAAGGGAAGACAGAGGACCCUGAAGUCUGAUGAAGCUGGAGAGACAUAUCUUGGAGAUAAAAGCAACACAAUUAGCUUUGGUCCUUAUUCUAGGUCAUCAGAUGAAUCUCAGGGUGAAACUAUACCUUUUUUGACACGAAUUGAUAAAAAUGUGAUCCAGGAUACCUCCAGUGGCCGUCCAGGUUUUGUUAUUAAUAAAUUGGAAGUACAGGAAUUAUCUUUAGGAUCGGCAGGAUCCCAAUCAACUACUAUUUUGAAUUCUUCAUAUGGUAGUACUAGUACUACAGUUACACCUGAUUCCAAUAAAAAUGGUAACGUUUUCAUAAGGUCUAGUUCAGUUGAAGUUGGUAACAUUGGAGAUUCCCAGAAUAUUUCUCAAAUAAGAUUCGCGGCAAUUGUGAGUUCGUUGGUUGUUGGGGUGUUUUUAGGGUCAUUAGAUGGUACUAUUUUGUCAACUCUUCUGGAUUAUAUUGCAUCUGAAUUCGAGGCUUUGCCAUAUAUCUCAUGGAUUGCUGCAUCAUAUCUUCUAUCUGCUUGUAUAUUUCAACCAUUAUAUGGUAAGUUAUCUGAUAUUUUUGGCAGAAAGGCUAUACUGCUUUUCUCGAAUUUGAUGUUUGGUCUAGGAUGCCUGGUCUGUGGGACGGCUCCCACAGUUUGGUGGUUGCUUGCAGGUAGGUUUGUAGCAGGUAUUGGAGGAGGAGGCUUAACUUCAAUGCCUUCUAUUAUUAUUUCAGAUAUUGUACCCUUGAGAUCUAGAGCGUCGUAUCAAGAUCUUUUUAAUAUCUGUUAUGUUUUAGGCAUCACGUUGGGUGGUUCAAUGGGUGGUUGGUUAGCUGAAUAUGGUGGUUGGCGUUUGGUAUUCCUGCUACAGGUUGUCGCUGCCCUGAUAAGUGGAUGUUUCAUACAAGCUUUUCUGAUAUUGCCAAAAGUUCAUCAUGGCAAUGGCAUAGCGUUAGCUAAUAAAGAAUCACUAAAAACCAAACUCUACAUGAUGGAUUGGCUGGGAACUUUUUGUCUCGUUAUAUUUUUGGCGUCAUUGACUCUAACUUGCUCAUUAGUUGACCUAAAUUUUAAUUUUCUAUUGUUAUUAAUACUAUUGAUGUUUGUGUCCGGAUAUUAUUUUGUUUACCAUGAGCUUAACAUUGCCGCUGAUCCCAUUCUGUCAGUUCAUUUACUAACAGAUCGGAAUGUGUUGGCGUCAUCUUUGGCCAACUUUUUUUGUAUGUUAAAUGAUGUGCUUACUAUCUUCUAUGUUCCAAUGUAUUUCGCCAGUGUGCUAUAUAUGGGCCCCAAAGAAAUCGGAAAGCGUACUAUUAUAAGCUUCCUCGGUACCAGUAUAGGUUCUUUUGGCACAGGUUACUACAUCAAACGUAGAGGAAAGUAUCGUACAUUUAUUUGCUUAGCAUGCAUAAUUGGAAUUCUAGGUCAACUACAGAUCGCAUUAAUAAAGCCUUCUAUUUCUACCUGGAGGCAGUACUUGUUGUUACUCAUUCCUAUCCUGUAUACAACGACGGUAAGGACAUCACUACUUAUUUCACUUAUAGCCGCAGUCCCCUACAAAAAUCAAACAGCAGCGGCAUCUAUUUCCUACACAUUCAGAUCUACUGGUGCUAUACUUGGUGCAUCCUUGGGCGGUGGAAUUUUUAGAAGUUCGCUCAAGUCUUUAUUAAACACUAAUAUUAUGCCUCUAGAGAGCGAAAUCCAUCCUAAAAGCCAGCUCUUACAUAUUAUAGAUAAAGCUACCCAUUCUACUGAUUGGGUGCACAGGGAAUCUCCCGAGUACGCCAUCCCUAUCUUAAUCUCUUGCUACCAUUAUGUUUGCAAGCGUAUUUUCACCUUUUCUGUGGUAUGCGUUCUAUUCACUUCCAUUUCAUGUUAUUUCCUCAAAGAAUACCCGGUUCAUGCAUCACAACCCCAGGAAUAUAUUUCCCAAGAUAGCAUGGAUACUUAUAAUGACCAGACCCCUAAGUGA